CAUCGAACAGUGGAGAGUUAACCGAUAUAAAAUUUUGUUUGAGUUUUCCGAGUUUACAAGUGGUCAACGCCAGGUGAAAACAUAUAUUUGAUUAAACAAAAAUAUUUGUGUUAUAUAUCACACAAGAACACUUCCUGACAUUAUCACUAAAGUCAUCCGUCCAUCAGAAGCAGAACUCGACGCAGAAGAAGACUUCCUCAAGUGGUGAGAUGGCCUCCGUGAAAGUAUUAGUUAUACUCUUUGGGGCGUUGGUGGUGCUGAUGGAAUUCCAGAAGGCAUCUGCGGCUACCUUGUUUGAGGAUCUUGACGAUGAUGAUGACCUUCUAGAUGACGGCGAUGACUCCGAUUUGGAAACGAAUUCUGAUACAUCAAGUCUAAACGAGAACGAUUCAGACGACGCAAUCCCAGAAAAGCGGAGAGCCUGCGCAGAUUUACGCGGGAAGGCCUUUUGCCACCUCUUCAAAAGUUAUUGCCAUAAAAAAGGCAUCAGAGGUCGGCUAUUAAGACACAAGUGCUCUUAUUCCUGUGGAUGCCAAAGGGGUUGAGAUGACGAGACACUAAAGACUAAGAAGAAUAUGUUACCCGAAAAAGUGAUGAUUCGAGAUUUAAAGAGACAACAGUUAUAUAUAGCUUGAAAAUAUUUCCGUAGUCUUCGACGGGUAUCCUUUGAAUUCUUCUGUUGUGAACAUUGCCCUGACAAUGCUGUAAUAAACUAUAAUAACAAAAUAUGAAA